AUGGGCUGCAUGUCUUCGAAAUCGAUUUGUCCAAUAGAACUUCCUAAACACCAAAUCGUAUACAAGUUAUCUGAUAUUCAUUAUUCACUUGGAUAUUUUGUUCAUAGAAAUUUUUCUUCUUUCUAUACCUUAUAUAUGCUUCUUCCCGAUCCUCUUGGCACUGGGCCAUAUGGUGAAGUAAGGAAAUGUAUACAUAAACCCACUGACACUAUAAGAGCCGUCAAAAUUCUAAAUAAACACACUUUGCCGAAAAAUUUCAUGCGGCAAGAAGGUGUAAUAAACCAAAUCAGAAUUUUAAAAACCCUAGACCAUCCAAACAUAAUGAGGGUUUAUGAAUUUUUUGAAGAUAACUCUUCCUAUUUUGUAGUCGAAGAAUACUAUCCAGGUGUUGAUCUUCUGACUGCAGUAGAAAAAGUGAAAAAAUAUAACGAGCCACAAGUGAGGGAAAUUAUGAAACAAUUAUUUUCUGCUAUUAGCUAUAGCGCUUUCCCGAGGAUGGCGCGGAAUGGCGCCAUCCUCGGGAAAGCCAGGAAGGCAUCCACACGGGAACUGGGAGUUCCACGUGUGGAUGCUUAGUUGACUUUCCCGAGGAUGGCGCCAUUCCGCGCCAUCCUCGGAAAGCGCUAUAUCUUCAUUGCAAAAAAGUUGUCCAUAGGGAUUUGAAGCCAGAAAAUAUAAUACUAGAGGAGAACAAAAACAGCGAAGCUUUGUCAAUCAAAGUAAUUGAUUUUGACUCUGCGACGUUUUUUAAUAGGGAAAAGCCGAUGAAAGGGCUUUUCGGGACAGUUUAUUAUAUAGCUCCAGAAGUGAUUAAUUCAACGUAUGAUGAAAAGUGUGAUAUAUGAAGUCUUGGGGUUAUUAUGUAUAUUUUAUUAUCAGGAAGAGCCCCAUUCUUUGGACUCUCAGAAUUUAGUAUCCUCAAAAAGGUAAAACAAGGAGAGUUUUCAUUUGAGGGGCAGCUAUGAGAAAAUAUAUCAGAAUCAGCUAAAGACCUAAUCAGAAAAAUGCUGACAAAAGACCCAUCUCAAAGAAUUUCUGCUAAUGACGCAUACAAUCACAGCUGAAUUCAAAAUCCUUCAGCUCCCCAACCACCUCUUGCAAAGAAUCCUUUUAUAAUACCAAGAAUUAAAAGACACCAUAGCCAUCCAAAGUUAAAAGACGCUGUUAAAAGUUUCAUAAUCAGCCAAAUUCUAAAAAGAGACGACUUAAAAAGCUUGGAAUCUGCCUUUAUAGAAAUGGACCUUGACGGAAAUGGAACAAUAAGCAAAUAUGAGCUAGAAUCUCACCUAAGAAAUUUCAUGGAUGACGACAGUGCAAAACAAGAAGCCAAUCUAAUUUUAUCAAACGAAAAACUGCUAGACCAUGAAUAUCUAAGUUAUAGUGAUUUUUUAAAUUUAGUGACAGAUCAACAUAUUGUUUUUUCGAAGGAAAACCUGCAGAAAACUUUCAAGAUAAUUGAUAGAGACCAUAAUGGGAAGAUUUCGAGCCAAGACUUAGAAAAGUUCAUAUUAGAAGACGAAAAACUAGACAAGGAGUCGCUAGACAAGAUUACCCAUGAAAUGGACCCAGAAAAUAAAGGAGAAAUCGAGUUUGCAGAGUUUGAAAAUUCGUUUAUUCACCGAUAUCUCUCAAGAAAAUACACAAUUACCGUUGAUAUGUCAUAA